AGACACGUAGCAGAGCCGGGAUUAGAACCCUGGUCCUUCUGACUCCGUGCCCUCUCCACUAGGCCACGAAGAAGAGCUGCAGAGCCAGCCCUAGGGAGAGAGUCUUGCUGCAGAAAGGGCAGAAGUAAGGACAGGGAUCAGAACUGGGCGGUGCAGGAGCUCUGACAGGAAGAGGGACAGAGGAACUCUCAGGGACAUUUGCGUGUCCGAUGGGUUAGGAAACGGCUCCCAGGUGGUCAUUGGCCAAGAGGGCCUUAAAGGGCCUGGACCUACCCUGAAGGGGAUUAAAUGCCUCCACUGGCCCAGGGUGGCCUAACUGAGACAUUUGAAACUUUCGAAUCAGCAGGUCCGCGUGAGGACUCAACCUGGAUAAAUUAACAGUGUUGCUGAAAGGCAGCAGGAAACAGGAUAGUUCAGGUGGAUCGUUGGGAGCAGGCAGGCAGCAGUGGAGUGGGUAGGGAGAGGUAAAAGUCCAGGGGAUAGGAAGGGGCUGAGGCGGGAGAGAAAGAAAGACUGUACACUAGAUUGCGGGUUAUAAGCUCCCUCUAGACUGUGAGCUCGUUGUAGGCAGGGAACGGGCAUACCAGUUUGGUUAUAGCGUACUUUCCGAAGAGCUUAAUACAGUGCUCUGCACAUGGUAAGUACUCAGUAAAUAAGAGAGAAGGAAAGAGGAGCAGAAAUCUGAAAAGAGUUUGAAUGGAAAGUCCCUGGGUGGGUAAAACUGAAAGGGAAAGGCAAGGUCUCCCGGCAUUUGAUCGGAGGCCCAGAGGGUUGAGAGAAGAGGAACCCGCGGGAGUCUCCCUUGUACAUGGGUCACCAACUGCCCAAAACGUCCUCUGCUGCUCAGCUUGGCCUCCGGCUGAGGACCCAGAUGGAGUUGAGAAGGGCGUGAUCUCCCUUGUUUGGUACUUGGGCGGAAAUCAGGCAUAGUAAUGUCAGUCAUCGAUUGGCUCAGCCCCCUCCCCUGCUUCCUGCAUCAGCAUCAUGGGGCCACUUGCAGGGCUUUUAAAAAAAACAACCACAUACCACACGCUCCUAGCACCGGCACUUCCAUAUCGAGCGUAUGUAAAAAUACAUGGGUUGAGCCAUUUCCUGCCGCUUCCGUUCUAGCGUGUCGAUAAGGCACCGGGGAGGCCAUCCUGGCCGGAGCCUCCAAAGCCACAGCCUCCGAACGAGCUUCCGAAGCAAGGAGCCGGGCUCCUGAGACUCAGUGGCAGCUGUUUCGGGGGCUCACUUGUCUUUCUGACUUUGUUUUUCUCCUGUUCCCCCGUUCCUUCCUUCCUUCUGUCUGUCCGUCUCCCUCUCUCUCAUGUACUUUCUGUGUUUCCUCUCCUGCAAAAGGGGUGACCCCAUGGAGAGGGGGUGGAGUAGCAGGGGUCGUGGGGGCGGACAGGUCUCUAGCUGGCCCUCUGCCCCCUCCUCCUACUCUGGGUCUGGUCACUGACUGGGAAGGAAGCCAGCUGGCCCUCCCCUCCCCUCCCCUACCCGGGUGUCUUCCCCUCCUGGUUCUGUUGGCUGCGGGUGGGCCGGGCACAGGUGAGGCCCGGGCCCCGGUCCGGCCCGAGGAGGGCUCGCGGAUGCCCACGCCACUAUGAGACGGAAGAGGUGCGUGACAGUGGACGAGAGCUGGAAGGUGGACAAGGGAGACCAGAGCGGCCUGAGCCUGUCCGGCGGCCCCGGCCAUGGCGAUCCCGACGGCCCCGUCGGCCUGGACGUGCCCGACGGGGCCCCGGACCCCCAGCGGACCAAGGCCGCCAUCGAGCACCUGCACCAGAAGAUCCUGAAGAUCACGGAGCAGAUCAAGAUCGAGCAGGAGGCCCGGGACGACAACGUGGCCGAGUACCUGAAGCUCGCCAACAACGCCGACAAGCAGCAGGUGUCCCGCAUCAAGCAGGUGUUCGAGAAGAAGAACCAGAAGUCGGCCCAGACCAUCGCCCAGCUCCACAAGAAGCUGGAGCACUACCACCGGCGGCUGAAGGAGAUCGAGCAGAACGGGCCGUCCCGCCAGCCCAAGGACGUGCUGCGGGACAUGCAGCAGGGCCUGAAGGACGUGGGCGCCAACGUACGGGCCGGCAUCAGCGGCUUCGGGGGCGGGGUGGUGGAGGGGGUCAAGGGCAGCCUGUCGGGCCUCUCCCAGGCCACCCACACGGCCGUGGUGUCCAAGCCGCGCGAGUUCGCCAGCCUCAUCCGCAACAAGUUCGGCAGCGCCGACAACAUCGCCCACCUGAAGGACCCGCUGGAGGGCGGGCCCCCCGAGGAGGCCGCCCGGGCGCUGAGCGGCAGCGCCACGCUGGUGUCCAGCCCCAAGUACGGCAGCGACGACGAGUGCUCCAGCGCCAGCUCGGCCUCCGCGGGCGCCGGGAGCAACUCCGGGGCCGGGCCGGGCGGGGCCGGGCUGGGCAGCCCCAAGUCCGCCACCUUGUACGGCCACCCCAACAACCUGGACGCCCUGCUGGAGGAGCUGCGGGACAUCAAGGAGAGCCAGGCCCACCUGGAUGACUCCCUGGAGGACCUGAAGGCCCAGCUGCAGCGUGACUACACCUACAUGACCCAGUGCCUGCAGGAAGAGCGCUAUAGGUACGAGCGCCUGGAGGAGCAGCUGAAUGACCUCACGGAGCUACACCAGAACGAGAUGACCAACCUUAAGCAGGAGCUGGCCAGCAUGGAGGAGAAAGUGGCCUACCAGUCCUACGAGAGGGCCCGUGACAUCCAGGAAGCCGUGGAGUCCUGCCUGACCAGGGUCACCAAGCUGGAGCUGCAGCAGCAGCAGCAGCAGGUGGUGCAGCUGGAGGGGGUGGAGAACGCCAACGCGCGGGCGCUGCUGGGCAAGUUCAUCAACGUGAUCCUGGCGCUGAUGGCCGUGCUGCUGGUAUUCGUCUCCACCAUCGCCAACUUCAUCACGCCGCUCAUGAAGACCCGCCUCCGCAUCGCCUCCACCUCCCUCGUCGUCCUCGUCCUCUUCCUGCUGUGGAAACACUGGGACACGCUCACCUACCUCCUGGAGCACGUGCUGCUGCCCAGCUGAGCGUCCGGCGGUCGUGUCCUCCGGCGGGGAGGGGCCCCGGAGGCCUGGGUCCCGGGCUCCCUCCGAGUUCCUUCCUUGUUUGGUUUGGUCACCUGACUGCUCUCGGUCCCCUCCCGCCCAGCCCGCUUCUUCUUCUCCCCUUGCCUCGGCCCAAUUUCGGGUCUUCGCCGUGUCUCCCUGAGGGGACCCGUCUCGGGCUGUUACGCGUACUCCCGGGAGCAGAAGUGAGAAGAAAGGAGGAAUCGUAUUCAUGUGAUUAUUUAAGGACACGCGAGAAGUUCCGGCCCAAGGGGCUAGUCUGCCGGCCGGCCCUGGCUCUCCCCACCGGAAUUUGGUCCCAGAGCAGGCUGGGGGCGGACGUGACUUCGGAGGAAGGGCCCCCGGAGCGGCACGACGCGAGACGGGCCUUGACUGUUCCCGAGGGGAGGGACCAAGGCCAAGGCCCGGAAACAUUCUCCCCCCUGCCCUGUGCCACGAGGGAGCGGACGGCGGGCGCGGGUCCUCGGCGGCCCCCAGGUCCGUGCCCCUUGUCGGCCGAUCCGCCCUCUUGGGGGAAACCCGGGGCCCAGGAUCCCUGGAACCUGGUUUUCUGUGCGCACGUUGAUUUAUUUAUUUAUUUAUUGGGGUCCUCCCCCUUCCCCUCCCCUCCCCAGGACGGAACCGGCCCCGCUUCUGCUUUCCCCUGGCCCGGGCUGGGGGGGUGUGGGGGUGAGGGGGGACGCGAACCCAUCUUUUCUACGUCUAUUUAUUUUAUAUUGGAGUGUGCGUGCGUGCGUGCGUGCGUGGGUGGGUAGGGGUGGGCUUUUUUAAUCACCAGAGGACCAGGGGAAGUUGACGUUCCCAGCCCCACCGUCCACAGGACCUUACGGUACCAGACGGAAUCCCAAGAGACCAAGUAAUACCCACAGAGCCGGGAGCAGUCCCAGGUUUGGGAAUGCCCAAGAAAUAAAGAUCCUUGCGUGAUUCUCAAACUCA